GUGUGCCAACUGUCGUAAAAGCUCAUGGGAAAAAAAGAACAAGUGAAGGCGGACGCUAAUAAAUUAGUGUUGUUAUUUGUUCGCUAUUAUGUAAAUAUUAUGUCGUACAAGAGACAUAUUUAAUUAUUUAUUUCAGGGUAGAACGUCUCGGUCCGCCAGAAUCUUUGCGUUGCUGAGCUAGUCGGUACUGUAAAGCUGAGAAGCUAGUUAGCUUAGCUUGUUAGCUGCUGCGUAAAGUGUUGUGAUUGUGUGAAAAUGUGAGUGUAAAGUGUUGUGAUUGUGUGAAAAUGUGCGAAAGAAUGAUAGCAAAGGAGGAAGUUUCUAGAACAAAAGAGAAGGAGCGACAACAUCAACUACGUGACGCUGUUUUCAAGAAACAUCAAGUUGUGUUACACAGAACAGAUGCAGUCAAGAUGGAAGAACUCGGAUAACAGAGACUCUAACCAGGAGGACUUUUGACUUGGAUACACAGACGCCUGUAGAGAACUGGGACAACACAGACUCUUACCAGGAUUACUUUGAUUUGGAUGACAAAGACGCAGACGUGCUACUAUGUCCAUCAGCCCCCCCACAUUAAAGAGGAAGAGGAGGAAGUGUGGGUCACUCAAGAGGGAGAGGGUCUUCUAGGUCAGGAGGAGGAUGAUCUCACCAAGUUUCCACUGACUGUUGUCUCUGUGAAGACUGAAGAGCAUGAAGACAAACCACCUGAGUCCUCACAGCUUCAUCACAGUCCAAACGUCUGUGAAGAACAUCUUCUCUCUGAGCAACAGGUGUGGAGCUUCAGGAUGGUGAAGGAGGAGCCACAGCCCUCUUACUUUAAAGAGGAAGACAAGGACCCAUUCACCCCCCACUUCAAAGAUGAAGAGGAGGUGCCAGAGACCCCAUACUUCAUAAAGAAAGUGAAGGAUCCACUGACCCCCAACAUUAAAUGGGACAAGGAGGAACCACUGACCCCCCACUUUAAAAAGGAAGAGGAGGCGCCACAGACCUCUCACAUUAAAGAAGAGGAGGUGGAACACAGCAUCAGUCAGGAGGGAGAUCAUCUUGAAGGACUGGUGGAGUUCCCAGUGAAGGGUGAAGAUGAUGAGGUCAAAGGUGAAAGUGAGGAGAAGAGAGAGGCGGAGCCUCCAAGCAGCAGCUCAACACAACACAUGACAACAGAAGCUGAUGGAGACCACUGUGGAGGAUCACAAGCAGACAAGCUCUUAGCUCCACUAUCAGAUAGUGAGGACACAACGUCACACUCUCCUGACACUGAUGAUGAAGACUCUAAAGAUGAUAAGACAUGUCACACUGACAACACUCACUUGAAAUGUUCUCACUGUGACAAAACCUUUAAAUACCAUAGUCAUCUGAAAAGACACAUUAGUACACACACUGGAGAAAAACCUUUUACCUGUUCAAUCUGUAGUAAAGGUUUUUUAGAAAGUUGCAAUUUGAAAGUACACAUGAGAACACACACUGGUGAAAAACAUUUUAUCUGUUCAAUCUGUGGUGAAGGUUUUACUCACAGUCAGAGUUUGAAAGUACACAUGAGAACACACACUGGUGAAAAACCUUUUAUCUGUUCAAUCUGUGAUAAAGGUUUUACACAAAGUCACCAUUUGAAAGUACACAUGAGCACACACACUGGCAAAAAACCUUUUUCCUGUUCAAUCUGUGGUAAAGGUUUUACACAAAAUCAGUGUUUGAAAGUACACACUAGAACACACACUAGUGAAAAAUCCCAUUCCUGUUCAAUCUGCAACAGAAGCUUUUGUGAACGAUCAAACCUUGUAAGACACAUGAGAACACACACAGGAGAGAAAGUGUUGAGUUGCAGUGUGUGUGGUGAAAGAUUCUCUUAUAAGUACCAGUGUAAGAAACACAAGUGUGCUGGUGAGAACAGCAGCAGCAAAUGAAACUGCAGGAUUUGAAAUAAACUGUCAAGACUUCAAUUUUGACUUUCUAACAACAUCAGCACAUAUAACAUGUGUGACAUUGUUGUUUGUGUAACAAUCUUUUUAAUAUGCUUCUACAUUUAUAGAUUAUAUAUUUUAUAUUAGUGAUUUUUUCAGUCAAGUACAUGCAUUAAUAUGCAACAUUGUGUACUUUUAUUAAAAAUUUAACAGAACAAUUUGACUGAAAAGGUGAGAGUAAACUACAAUACAUAUUUUACAUACAAUAAACAUUUUAUGUGUAUAUAUAUUCAUCAUUCAAUUUUAGACUUAUUCAUAAUAGUGUUUUUUAUAUGUGUUUGAAAUAUUGAAGGGUUACAUAUUUGUAUUUCUAAUUGUUAAUAAUCCCAUAUAUUAGCACCUUUAUAUGAUAUACAUAUGUACUGGUUCAAAUCUGAAACAUCUUCUGAAACACUUCAGGAAGCAUAUUAUUAUUUACUUUGUACAUCAUUUGAACAGUUGUGUUUUAUACAAUUUUAAAAAUGUGUGACUUUAUGAACUAUUUGUUGAGUCUCUAUAAUCCAUUGUCUUAAUGAUCUUUAUUACUCUCUAUUGUAAUUUGAUGAUUGUGUUGUGAUUGUUUUAUAUGCAGUUUUGGGUUAGUUACUGAAAACCAGUAACUAGUUACAGUUACUAGUUACUUUAUUUCAAAAGUAACUCAGUUACUAACUCAGUUACUUACACCAAAAAGUAAUGUGUUACUGUGAAAAGUAACUAUUUUAGUUACUUCUUCUACUUUUUUUGUUUUAAAGCUCCAAUUAAUGCCCUUUUAGCCUUCAUUUCAAUACUGUUAUUGCACUGGAGAAUAAUACAAUGUGUUGAUCAACUUGACAUGCAUUUGCAUCACUGAACUCUGCUAAGCAAUGUGGUCUACAUACAACACAAAGACAAAGAUAUGUUUCAAAGGGCCAAUUUAUUUCAGACCAGAACAAGUUGACAAAACUAUUUUAAAUAGCUGCAACAUAACAUACAUAAGUAACAAACAGCAUAAUAACACUAACACUAACCACGUUAAACCCAGAUUCCGAACUAACAAAGGUUUUAACUCAUUCUCUUUCUAUGCCACAUCAAUGUGGAAUGCACUCCCAAAAGGUGUAAAAUAAAGGGCAUCUCUAUCUUCCUUCAAAACUGCACUAAAACAACACCUCAAGGCAUGUAAAAUAAAGGGCAUCUCUAUCCUUCAAAACCGCACUAAAAGAACACCUCAAGGCAACUACAACCCUAAACUAACACCCUCCCUUCCACAUAAUACCUCUUUGGAUUGUAAAUAAUCAAAUGUAGACACUUUUUCUUAUACUUUCUGAUCUCUCUCUCUAUGUCCACUACUUGCUGUACAUAUCCUACCAAGUCAGUCCUACACUGUUUCAAUGUCCAUUUCUCUGAUGAUGCAAUUGUUGAUGCUGAUUGUUGAUGACUAUCCCGCGCCCCGGAUUGUAAAUAAUGUAAAUAAUUCAAUGUACAUACUCUGAUGAUUAUCUUGUGUGAUGACUGUAUUAUGAUGUUAGUAUAUAUUUGAUAGUAUAUAUCUGUAUAAUGAAUCAAUUUAAGUGGACCCCGACUUAAACAAGUUGAAAAACUUAUUCGGGUGUUACCAUUUAGUGGUCAAUUGUACGGAAUAUGUACUGUACUGUGCAAUCUACUAAUAAAACUUUCAAUCAAUCAAUCAAUCAACAAUAUAGCUGUAAACCUGGCUUCACCUAAGGAAGGCACACGUGACAUACACAAAGCCUAACCAGGCAGAUUUGAAUUGUUGUUUUGGGCAGUAGACGGGAUCUUUGAUCCAAGACACAACUUACAUUUAACUAAAAUGUUAUUUUCUUUGUGCUCGACAAAAGAAAAGAAGUGAGAAUAUCUCAUACU